GGCAUUUACCUUUGAGAAAGUAGCCGGCGUGCAUGUUCAUCUUCCCUGACAGUUGCAGCUCUAUCUGUGGAAAGAAAUAUCCAGAAUGGCACACAUAUUAAAAACCUUGAACAAUUGGUUUUGGUGGGAGGACAUCUGGAUGCCUGAAAACUGCUCUUGGGCAAACUUUGAAGACCGCGAUGGAAUGGUCUUCCCCAAGCCACACCAUUUAUAUGCCACCAUCCCCUUUGCCUUUGUGAUGUUGCUCAUCAGGUUCUUUGUUGAAAGGUGUAUUGCAGUUCCCCUGGCAAACGCUCUGGGCAUUAAGCAAGCGAAGCGAGUGAAGCCCCAGCCCAAUCCCACGCUGGAGGAAUAUUUCAAGCAAUGCACAAAAAAGCCAUCACAGCUAGAGAUGCGUAAAUUAGCCAAAAAGUGUAAUUGGACCGUGCACCUGGUGGAAAAAUGGUUCAGACGACGGCGAAAUUUAGAGAUUCCAACAGUGCUUAAGAAACACCAAGAAGCUUGUUGGCGAUUUAUUUUCUAUUUCUUAUCAACUGUUGGUGGAUUCGCUGUUCUCUAUGAUAAACCCUGGUUUCAUGACAUUUGGAACGCUUGGGUUGGCUACCCAUUUCAGUCCUUACUGCCAUCCCAGUACUGGUACUACAUGGCUGAGAUGAGUUUCUAUUGGUCACUCUUGUUUACCCUUGGAAUGGACACCAAAAGGAAGGAUUUCAAAGCCCAUGUGAUUCACCACUUGGCUGCCCUCGGCUUGAUGUUUUUCUCCUAUUGUGCCAACUACCUCCGUCUUGGAACGCUGGUGAUGAUUGUUCAUGACUGUGCGGACUUCUGGCUUGAGGCAGCAAAGAUAUUCAACUAUGCUCGUUGGGAGAAUACCUGUAGUGUCAUCUUUGUCAUCUUCUCUGUUGUGUUCUUCACCUCAAGACUCAUUAUCUUCCCCUUCUGGAUUAUUCGUGCCUCAGCCUACUACCCUACAUAUUAUUCAAUGAAGUUUGUUGCAGCAUAUUUCUUAUUCAAUGGGCAGCUGUUGGUCCUACAAUGUCUACAUAUCUACUGGAGCUACUUAGUUUUCAAAAUUCUGAGGAAAUUCAUUUUCAUAAAGGUGCUCAGGAUUCCUAUUCCCGCUUGGGCUAGAACAGGCAACGAUGAGAAAGUGAAAGAUGACAGGAGCGAUGAGGAAGAGGAAGAGGAAGAUUCCCUCAGCGAAGCAGAAGGGCAGUCCAUCAAAAACGGAACCAAAAAUGGCUGCGGGGCAAACCACCCUCUACUGAACAACAAUAAUUAUUAGCAUGCGGCCAGCCCUGUAGCAAAGCUUGUGCUGUGCCCUACCAGCUACCCUACAACAGAGGGCUGAUUGUCAACAUCUUCAGUGGAGUCCAUGACUGAUUUUAUUGCUCGUCAUGAGAGCUGGAAGAAAGCCCACGUUUCUUUUUUUAAAGAGCAAAAAUAAUUUGCUUCACUAAAUAUGCUUCACGGUCCAUUUUCUUAUAUGCUGCAUAUUGCCGUGUGGCAAAUGUGACCUUUGCAGCUCUUCAGAUGGCUCGAGGAUCUCCAAAUGGGUCUUGGGACAGUCUAGGUUUGAACCUACGUUGCUCCUAUGUUUAAAAUCUGUUAACAGUUGAAGAAGUUUUGCUCGGCUCAGAAUAACGUUUCAGGGUGAUCCCAGAAGUCUAGUUGGCGCAUGGAAAAACCAGAUUAUUUUUGCGUGGGGGAACUCCAUACUACUGAAAUUCUUUAAAUAGACACCAUGUUUGUAGGGUUUCAAACUUUCAGCUGCGGGCUACAUCUGAGACUGAAUUUGAUUCCCUCUUGACAGAUGUGUUCAGAGGAAAAAGCAACAUAGACCAAGAUCCAUCAAGAUUCUCCUCACCAUUUUCUUCCAGCUGUCUUUCCACCAUAUCUUGUAGUGCAAGGCCUACGGCAUCACUGCCAACAGGACUUUCUUCUGGACUCACUGUUCAACCAGAGUUGGUCAGGGGGCACCACCUUUAGAAUUUUUAGGAGGUUCUGUAAGGUGCUGUUAUUUGCAAGGGCUUUUAACGGGGUUUAAGCUUGCCAGCAUUUUCUUGGGGAGGGAGGGUUACUGGUGCAUUAUUGUAUUUUGUAUGUUUGUAAUAUUGGAAUUGUAUGAGUCG